AUGCAACUCGGCGACGAGUUCAACAUAUCGUCGGAUGAGGUCCUGUCCAAACAUCUACUGGACACGUUGUACGACGACAUCCCGAGUUUUCUUCCCGAUGACGACGGCAUUCCGGGGACUAACUCUAGCAGCGCGUGCGGCGACUACUGUCAGCAGCCGGGCGAGCUUCUCGACGCCUCCCUGCACUUUCGGGUAGCGUUGGGCAUCGUGUACAUCAUCAUCCUCCUGGUGUGCGGCGUCGGGAACUUAGUCCUGCUACUGAUCCUGAGCAAAUAUCGCCAGGCAAGGACAAAAACGAACAUGUUGAUUGCGAAUCUCGCGGCAUCGGACUUCGUCGUCGCGGUGCUGUGUAUACCGUUCGAUCUGGACUACUACGUCUUCAAGGAAAAGGCCUGGACGUUCGGCGCUACUUGGUGUAAACUGGUCAACUACAUCCGAAUGGUGUCCCUGUAUGUCUCCACUAAUGCCCUACUGGUUAUCGGAGCAGAGAGAUACUACUGCAUCUUCUUCCCGACACGGCGGCGGAUUGGGAAGAAGGGCGCGGCGUUCCUGUCCCUCAUGGUGUGGGCAAUCUCCGUCCUCAUCGCCGUGCCGUCAGCGAUGUACUCAGAUGUCAUGUCCUACUACAACCGCCAGGGGGCCUUGUUCUGCGGCCAGUUCUGGACCGUCGGCAUCGAGAGUCAGACCAAAGCCUACUUCCUCUCUGUCAUCAGCCUCCAGUUCAUCAUGCCGGUCAUCGUGCUGUCGUACUGCUACUUGGCCAUCGUCUGGAAAGUCUACACAAGAGAGAGGCCGGGCGUCAUGACGGAAAUGCAGCGGAACAACCUCAACAAGUCCAAGAAGAAGACGCUCAAGCUGGUCUUCAUGCUGUUCAUGUUCAUCGCCUGCUGGGCGCCGUACUACAUCUACACCUACAUCCGGGACUUUCACGCCCACAUCUUGGCCAACAGCCACCUGAACACGAACUUGUUCUACGCGGUGGAGGCUGCCGCGAUGGGGAACAGCGUCAUCAACACCUUCUUCAACAUCAUCCUCAACAAGAAUCUGCUCACCUUCGUCCGCCCGCUCUUCCGCAUGAUCAGCGAGAAGUACCUCCGCGCGGUGAUGUCCACCAGCUCUUCGGACAACGGCGUCAACUCGAGUCUGCGGGGGGACCACCCGAUUCACCGCGUGAGAGGAGACCGGGUGGUGACCCGUCUGGCCUGCAGGGAGAGCCACCCGAGAAGACUGAACUCCACUCAACAGCCGCUUGUCGCGCGCGGGCGGCCGGGGCAGGAGCCGGACCUCAUCGUGGGGCUGGAACUGUUGAAGAAGAGCCCAACUCACGGGCAUCGAAAUGGCAAGAGCUGCCUGUUCAUGGAAACCUCGGUGUGA